AUGCCAGGUCUACCCGCCCAGAGCUCCGGACGGGUGGUGAAAUUCCGCCGGACAGGAGAGAGCGCUCGGUCAGAGGAUGACGCGGCUUCCGGGGAACAUGACGUUCAGAUCGAGGGGGUCCGAGUGGGCCUAGAAGCCGUGGAGCUGGAUGAUGGAGCAGCUGUUCCCAAGGAGUUUGCCAAUCCCACUGAUGACACUUUCAUGGUGGAAGAUGCGGUGGAAGCCAUUGGGUUUGGAAGAUUCCAAUGGAAGCUUUCUGUCCUCACUGGCUUGGCUUGGGUGGUCUUCAUCGGCAUGAUGUCCAGUUCCACACUCUGGGGAAACAUCUCGGAUCAGUAUGGCAGGAAAACGGGGCUGAAGAUCAGUGUGCUCUGGACCCUGUACUAUGGUAUCCUCAGCGCCUUCGCGCCCGUGUAUAGCUGGAUCCUGGUGCUCCGAGGCCUGGUGGGCUUUGGGAUUGGAGGGGUGCCCCAGUCGGUGACGCUGUACGCCGAGUUCCUUCCCAUGAAAGCCAGAGCCAAGUGUAUUUUGCUGAUUGAGGUCUUCUGGGCCAUCGGGACCGUGUUCGAGGUGCUUCUGGCUGUGUUCGUGAUGCCCAGCCUGGGCUGGCGCUGGCUGCUGCUGCUCUCGGCCGCUCCCCUGCUUGUCUUCGCCGUUCUGUGUUUCUGGCUGCCAGAGAGCGCUAGGUACGAUGUGCUAUCCGGGAACCAGGAAAAGGCAAUUGCUACCUUAAAGCGGAUCGCAACAGAAAAUGGCGCCCCCAUGCCUCUGGGGAAACUCAUCGUCUCCAGACAGGAAGACCGAGGCAAAAUGAGGGACCUUUUCACACCCCACUUUCGUUGGACGACUCUGCUGCUGUGGUUUAUAUGGUUCUCCAAUGCCUUCUCUUAUUACGGCUUGGUUCUGCUCACCACAGAACUCUUCCAGGCGGGAGAUGUCUGCAGCAUCUCCAGCCGGAAGAAGGCAGUGGAAGCCAAAUGCAGCUUGGCCUGUGAGUACCUGAGCAAAGAGGACUACAUGGACCUGCUAUGGACCACCCUGUCUGAGUUCCCAGGUGUCCUUGUGACUCUGUGGGUCAUCGACCGCCUGGGCCGUAAGAAGACCAUGGCUCUGUGCUUCGCCAUCUUCUCCCUCUGCAGCCUCCUGCUGUUCAUCUGCAUUGGAAGCGGUGGGCCGCAGCCAUCCCUGUCCGUCCGUCAGCGGGUGAUGCUGGAAUCCUCCGUGUACCUGACCCUGGCCGUCUACAGUGGCUGCUGCCUCCUGGCUGCCGUGGCCUCCUGCUUUCUGCCCAUCGAGACCAAAGGCCGAGCACUGCAGGAGUCCAGCCACCGGGAGUGGGGCCAGGAGAUGGUUGGCAGAGGGACAAACAGCACAGGUGUCCCCAGAUCAAACUCUGGCUCUCAGGAGUAG